AUGGCCAGCCCAAGAACCAGGAAAGUUCUUAAGGAAGUUCGGGCGCAAGAUGAAAACAAUGUGUGUUUCGAGUGCGGCGCCUUCAACCCACAGUGGGUGAGCGUGACCUAUGGCAUCUGGAUCUGCCUGGAGUGCUCGGGGAAGCACCGUGGGCUUGGGGUUCACCUCAGCUUUGUCCGCUCCGUCACGAUGGACAAGUGGAAGGACGUGGAGCUGGAGAAGAUGAAGGCGGGCGGGAACGCUAGGUUCCGGGAGUUUCUAGAGUCUCAAGAGGACUAUGACCCCUGCUGGUCGCUGCAGGAGAAGUACAACAGCAGGGCUGCUGCCCUCUUCAGGGACCGGGUGGCCGCUCUGGCCGAAGGCAAAGAAUGGUCUCUGGAGUCAUCACCCGCCCAGAGCUGGACUCCGCCUCAGCCCAGGACGCUGCUGUCCUCUGCCCACCGAGCCUCUGGCCAGCUGCAGAACUCCACUGCCUCUGGGGACAAGGCUUUCGAGGACUGGCUGAAUGAUGACCUUGGCUCCUAUCAAGGGGCCCAGGAGAACCGUUAUGUGGGGUUUGGGAACACGGUGCCGCCUCCAAAGAGGGAAGACGACUUCCUCAACAGCGCCAUGUCGUCCCUCUAUUCGGGCUGGAGCAGCUUUGCUACCGGAGCCAGCAGGUUUGCUUCAGCGGCCAAGGAGGGCGCGACAAAGUUCGGGUCCCAGGCAAGUCAGAAGUUCUGGGGUUCCAAGCAGCAGCCAGAGCUGGCGUCGGAGUUGGGCCACAGUCUGAAUGAGAGCGUCCUCAAACCUGCCCAGGAGAAGGUGAAGGAGGGGAAGAUUUUUGAUGAUGUGUCCAGUGGGUUUUCUGAGUUGGCGUCCAAGGUCCAGGGAGUUGGCAGCCGGGGCUGGCGGGAUGUCACUACGUUUUUUUCUGGGAGAGCAGAGGAUUCAUCAGACAGACCCCCGGAGGGCCCAAGCUACCAGAACAGCGGUGGAGACAACUCCCAGAACACCCUCGACCAGAGCUUCUGGGAGUCCUUCGGGAGCGCUGACCCUGCCAGGGCCCACCGGUCCCCAAGCAGCGACAGCUGGACAUGCGCGGAUGCCUCGGCCGACAAGAGGAGCUCGGACAGCUGGGAUGUGUGGGGCUCGGGCUCUGCGUCUGCGUCCAACAAUAGGAUCAGCGACAACAGCGACGGCGGGGAGGCCUGGGGGGGUGGUGGGGAGGGCCGGGCCAAGGUCGCCAAGAAGGCCACGCCGCCACCUGCGGUGGACGAUGGCUGGGACAACCAGGACUGGUAG